AUGAAAUACAGAUUACUAAUAUUUUGUACAUCAUUACUACUACUUUUCUUCAUUAUCCAUGAUUCUCAAUUGGAUUUGAAAUCUGCAUUUUAUUUAACCAAAAAUACCUUCAAACAAUUUAAAACAUCUGAUGAAUAUCCAUUUAAUAAUGUUGUUAAUUCAUUUUUUCCAAUUGAUUCAAUAUUAGAAUUUAAUACAACUGAAGGUAAUUCCACCACCAAAAUCAUUGGUAGAUAUGCUUCUUUUUCACCUGUACUUAAUUCAAAAUUAAGUAGUCACUAUGAAAUUUUACCAUUUAAUAUGUGUGAAAAGAUUGAAUCAACAAUUGAAUAUAAUAACAAGAUUUUAAUAGUUUUACGUGGUGAUUGUACAUUUGUGGAUAAAGUUACAAAUAUUAUUGAUUCAAAUUUGGAUCCAUCUGCUAUUGUUGUUGCUAAUGAUGAACCUUAUAGAAGUUUAAUUACUAUGUAUUCAAAUACUUUUAAUCAGGAUGGUACAUUAGAAUUUCCAAUAAUGUUUAUUACAUUUGAAGAUUAUAAAAUCUUAAAGUUAUAUAACAAUAUAGAUAUAAUAAUUGAAAUAUCUACAGCCUAUAUUGGUAGUUGGUUCAGUAUAGUAUUAUCAAUGGUUUUAUCACCACCUUUAUUAAUUGUAUUAUUUUAUUGUAUUAUUGUAUGUGGACAAAAAUUUAGAAAACGACAAAUUAAUAAAAGAAAUGCUCAAAUGGUUAAAAAUUUACCAAUAUAUAUUUAUGAUAAUAAUCAUUUAAUUUUAGAACAAGAUCUUGAUCAUUAUCUUAAUUCAACUGGGAAAUUUAAUAUUUUAAAUUGUCCAAAUGAUUAUUUUAAUUCUUAUAAAUGUUCAAUAUGUUUAGAAAAAUAUCAUCCUUUAAAAUCAAAAGUAUUAGUUUUACAAUGUAAACAUUUUUUUCAUCAAAAUUGUUUAUCAAAUUGGUUAAUUAAUUUUAAGAGGAGUUGUCCAUUAUGUAAUAAUACUAUUUUAAAAUCUUUUGCUGGACAAGUUAUAGAUUAUGGAAGUAUUAAUGAUGAAUUGGAGGAAGGACCAGAGGUACAUGAUCCACCACCAGUGAGAAAUUCACGUCCUAUAUUAUUUUCAAGACCGCUGGCGAUCUUGAAUAGAUAUAAUUUUGAAAAUGAAGGUGUUGAAUUAAGUACUAGUAUUGAAGAAUAA